UUCACGUUCCCAUGGCCUCGGAUGCUUCCUACGACAAGAACAAUGUGUUUCGGAAACUCAAGGCAAAGUCUGAAAACAAGAUGUGUUUCGAUUGUAAUGCCAAAAAUCCAACUUGGGCCUCCGUCACCUAUGGGAUCUUCCUCUGCAUCGAUUGUUCCGCUGCACAUCGUAGUCUCGGUGUCCAUGUCAGUUUUGUCAGGCAAGUUAAUGUACAUGGAUUGUCGGAAUUAAGAACAUUGAUUAUGUGUUUGUUUUGUAGAUCUACAAACUUAGACAUGUGGACUCCAGAGCAAUUGAAAACCAUGAGCCUGGGAGGAAACAACCGUGCGCGAAAUUUCUUUAAGCAGCAUGGUUGGACUGAUGGUGGUAAAAUAGAGGCAAAAUAUACAUCGAGAGGUGCAGAGUUAUACAGACAAAUUCUUUCUAAGGAAGUAGCAAAAAGUAUGACAGAUAAGGAGGUAGAUUCGCCAUCAUCACCUACUGCUUCUCCGUUUGAACAAGUUGUUGAAGGAAUUUCUCAAGUAAAGACUAAUGAAUCACCAAAUGCUUCGCAAAGUCCUGGGAUUCCAGAGAGCCCUUCUUCGCCCAAAGCUUCACACACAACAGUUUCUAAUACUGUCAAAAAACCUGUUUCUGUUAAGAAAACAAAAAAAGCUGCGGGACUUGGUGCUAGAAAGCUUUCUGGAAAGUCAUGUGAGUCUCUGUAUGAGCAAAAGCCAGAAGAACCACCAACAGCAGCAAAGAAGCAUACACUUUCAGGGUCUUCAUCUACAUCUCGAUUUGAGUAUGUAGAAAAUGACCAAUCAUUUGAUUUGAAUUCUAAAGCUAAGGCUCGCUUAGUAAGGCAUGUAUCCUUGCCAGAGUCAUCAAGCGUCUUUGCAGACUUCGUAAUGGAUAACGGUUCUCCAAAGGAAUUUGGGUCAAAUUCAUCAAAAGACAAAAUUGAGGAGUCCAAUGAAGCAAGAAGGAAAUUCUCAAAUGCUAGAUCAAUUUCUUCCUCUCAGUUUUUUGGAAAUCAAAACAAAGAUGCAAAUGAUUCAAAAGUUAUCCUGUCAAAAUUUUCAUCUUCAACUUCCAUUUCUAGUGCUGAUCUUUUUGGUAACUCGAGAAACAACUCUUCCAAUAAUGAUGCUGAUGCUAAUGACCUCCUUAAUCGACUAUCUUUCCGUGCUUAUGAAGACAUUUCUUCUCUGAAAAAUAUUGCUGGUGAGACUGGAAAGAAACUCAGUUUCUUGGCCUCCAAUCUGAUAACAGAUAUUCAAGAUAGAAUAAUCUAAGAGUAUAAGUUUUGUAUAUAAACUAUCCAUUAAAUUUGGUGUAGGUGACAACCACCUAUGUAUCAAAUGUAA